GCCAACUACUGAUCCUAACACGCCACCUAAUUAGCACUCAACCAGCCCUGCCACUGUCAAGGGCGUGUUCCCUUUUGAUUACAUAUGCGUCGUUCAUUUGGCAGGGAAAGCUGACGAGGAUACCGGUAGCCUUUUUCGUCAUUACAUAUGAUACCCAGUCUGGAAAUUAUUGCAUUGUCAUCAAUUAGCACAGCCUCUUUCAUACUCAUCGCCAGCAGCGUCUUUCGUGUCUCGUCUUCUCUAUCUCGUCGUUUGAUUUCCCAUAAGCGAACCUUCUUGAUCUUACUUUGGUCAUAUUUCGUGCGAUACUUUGUAAUUCAACGCCGCGGGGUCAGUUGCGCCGACAGCUAUAUUGGACGAGGAAUCCUUCAAAGUCAAGUUAGCUGUUCACCUGUCUGUCUCAGCUAUAACUGGUCCGCUACAUGAGGAAAGAAAUUUCGGGUGCAUCAUAACAAGCAGAGCGGAUUUACACGCUGAGAUUUGAAUCUCUCAUUCAAAUCAAUUGAACCUCGAAUCCUCAGGCACCAGCCCAUCCGGAAACAAGUGAGCGGCAU